AGAAGCGAGCAAGGGGAGGGGGGGGGGCUGGGGCGAUGUAAAAGUGGGCAGGGUCUAAAAGGACAGCUGCGAUUGAGGGAGAGAAGCUGGAGUAUAAAGUUCCCCAACUUCCUACUAGCGCUACUUUCUCAGCCGGCCAGUUGUGAGUCUCCACAUCUCAGUUUUUUGCUUCAGUCCCUGCUGUGCCAUUACUUCUUCAAAAUGAGCUCCAGACGAUCCCACAUAGGUUUCUCUCACUCCACUCCUCAGUACAGUUCCUUUAGUGUUCAUGCUGGUUCUGGUGGGUAUGGGACCCGCAUUUCCUCUGCAUCUGCAUCCUCACUGCGUUCUGGUGCCCCCUUCGCCUCUUCCUCCUCUUCCUUCAAGCUGAGCAGUGGAAUUGGUGGAGGUAUGGGCUCAGGUUUUGGUGGUGCUGGUGCAUCAAUGGCAGCCGGCAGCGGUGCCAGUGGUGCUGGGAUCCUGGGCAACGAGAAAGGAGCCAUGCAAAACCUGAACGACCGCCUGGCCAACUACCUGGAGACGGUGAGGAACCUGGAGAAGGCCAACCAGGAGCUGGAGAUGAAGAUCAGGCAAGCUCUGGAGAAGGGAGGGCCAGACAUGAGGGACUACAGCAAGUAUGAGCCAAUCAUCGAAGACCUGCGGAGACAGGUAAGCAUGAUGAUAGAACAAUGAUUAAUGAAAUAGAAACAUAAAUUAAGGAAAUUAAUUCAUACAUUGCUAAAAAAGUAUUUUAAGGGCCUCUGGUAUGACUGUCAAUGAGUACAACAACACGCAUGCAUUAUGUUUGCCAUUUCUACCUUAUUUCAUUGUGAAAAUUAAGACUUGAAAUAUUAAAGCAGAAACUCUCAGCAUUUCCUUUGUUGGUUAUCAUAUUUCCUGACAGAGAAUAAAGGGUGUGGUUGCCAAGCUCAACCCUCCCCCAUAAAAUUUUACUCAGUGCCACAGACAGAUCUGAACUUCCUCUGAUGAAUCACCACCACGCGGGCAGCAUCAUGAGAGACAGAGUGAAAAAAAAGUAAUCAGACAAAGACAUUCUCAAGCAGCCCCCCUAAAAAUGCUGCUUCUACAAGUAUUCAUUGGUGUGGGCGGACCACAAUGUGAAACAGAUGUGUGGCAGUGACACACAAGCCAACUACACAAAAAGGCACAAAAGGCAUCUAGCCUGUGUGUGCAUAUACAGUGGUUGUGUCUGAGUGGAUGGGUUGUGUAACAAGGAGCGCCAGUCUGCAGAGUCAAAUGUCAAAUUCUUGUGUAGACCCCAGAUCUCCUAUGUCACACCAUGACACAUUUAUGAUGACACUUUAGUCUCUCUCCACACAUAAGGGAACAAUUAUUUGCCUCUUCCAGGGAGGCAGGAUGCAUAAAAAAAAAGAAAAAAAAAUCUUAAGCACCCUCAUGCAUAAGGAAUCUUUCAAUCUCUGCACACAAAACAAAUGCAGGGAUGUAUACAGAGCAAAUAACAGACAGUAUAGUUGGGUGUGUCCGUGGAGAAGUAAAACUUCUCUGUAUGACUUACUCAGACAGGAAAACUAUCUUUCCAACAAUGCUAAAACAAACCAGAUUCUCUUGGCACGGGGACAUCCCCUUUUCCUGUUCUUCUCAUUGUGGUUCUCUGAAUGUAACUCUGGACUCAAACAGGUUUCAGCUCCAGCAUGUAAUUUGACUCCGGGGGUUAGUUAUUCAAAUCAUAUGUUCCAUUCUGUAUUCAAGCGAGACAUCGAUAUACUCCAGAGGCAGAAGCUUUUUUGUGGGGGAAUGGUAAAUAAAUAUCAACUGAUGAAGUUUAACCUCUUUGUUUCUUUCAGAUCUUUGACAAGAUUGCAGAGAACGCUCGGUUUGUGCUCCAGAUUGACAACGCCCGCCUUGCUGCUGAUGACUUCAAAGUAAAGUAUGUUGAUUUAAAUUCAUUUUAAAUUAAUGCGACAAAAAGUUAAAGGUUCAACUACACGUCCCAUCUGGUCUUAUAUCCAAAAUGUGUACAUGACACUGAACAAACUUGCAGGUUUUAUCUGAAACCCAUCUUAUAAUUCUGGUCAUGCAACGCUUUAUUUAUUGUUGAAAUUUCUGAAAAGAGGCUGUUUGAGCUGCUCUAUUUCAAAACUGUCCUUCAUACUCAACAAACUUGGGUACUCAGUCUCUGCAUGUCUAGAAGUAAUGAUAACAAGAACCUUAUUGACAUUCCAGACUGAUAGUGAAGGGGACUUGACUCAGAACAAAAGACACAUUGUGAGUCUUACAAAAUCCCGCAUUCAGUAGGUCAUACCAUAAAAUGAUGGUGACUAUGAGUCCUUCAUAAAAAAACAAAAAACAUAUUCGAUUUCACAUUCGUGUUGUAUUGACACAUAAAUUCAACUACAGACAACUGCAGCUCUUCCAGCUUUUUUUUCUUUCAUUAAAGUAGCCCAAGUUAAAACUUUCUGAAACUAUUACUUCAUACAAUAUUAUAUUAGCUGUUGGUGUUUAAUAUGAUAUGUUUUAUGUCUGUGUACACUCACAGGUAUGACAAUGAGAUGGCAAUCCGCCAGUCUGUGGAGGCCGACAUUGCCGGGCUGAAGAAGGUCAUUGACGACACCAACAUGACUAGGAUGAACAUCGAGAGUGAAAUUGAGGCUGUGAAAGAGGAGCUCUCCUUCCUCAAGAAGAACCACGAGAAUGCAAGUUAACUUAUUAAAUGCUAAAGUGUACUUUUGGGAGAUUUUAACCAUAGAAUCACAUACAUUCAGUGCUUUUGCUCACUUCUCUCUUUGCGUCUGCUUUGCAGGAGGUGAUGGAAAUGAGGAAUCAGAUCUCCCAGUCAGGCGUGCAGGUGGACGUGGACGCUCCUAAAGGUCAGGACCUGUCUCAGAUCAUGGAGGAAAUGAGGGGCAACUAUGAAAAGAUGGCAGUAAAGAAUGCAGAGGACCUCAAACGGUGGCAUGAAAAUCAGGUAAUGUGGCGUCAAAGCAGGCACUUAUCCAACCUUUUGUAGUGCUUCUUGGCUGACACCUCUUCUCUGACUCCCCUGUCAGAUUGCAGACGUACAGGUGGCGGUAUCACAGAACACAGAAGCUUUGCAAGGAGCCCAGAUGGAGAAGAGCGACCUGUCAAGACAAAUACAGACCCUGGAAAUUGAACUUGCAUCCCAACAGAGCUUAGUAAGCAUCUUUUUUUUCUUAUUUUUUCAAAACAUUAUAUCAUAAAUCACCAUAUUAGACUCUAAAUUCUUAAAGCAUUUCUUAAUACCUGAAAGUUAGGUAACAACUAUUUGCAAUGCCUUUAUGUAAAACAGCAGCUAUUUCUAAAAUUUUGCUUUCGGCAAAGGUUGGAACUUUGUUUUUAUAAAUGUCACACUUUUAAUCAUGUCUUUCAACCCUCAAACAGAAAGCGUCCUUAGAAGACACAUUACGCAACACAGAGCUAAGAAACAACAUGGAAAUGGAGAAGUACAACACCAUCAUUUUGCGCCUGGAAGAGGAGCUGACCAACUUGCGAGCAAACAUCCAGCAACAGACGCAGGAUUAUGAGGCGCUGCUCAACAUGAAAAUAAGACUGGAGGCCGAGAUUGCCACAUACAAGAGUCUGCUGGAUGGUGGAGACUUCAAGUAAGAGUUAAAAAGAGGUGGAAGAAAAAAAACAAAUGAUGGUGGUGGAGGUGAAUACUAAAUCCCUUGUUAGCAUGCUUUACUUGGUCAAGUGUAAGUAAAAUAUUAAGUGUGCAUUAAAAAAGUUAACACAUGUAUCUUGUGUUUUGCACAGGCUCCAGGACGCACUGGAUGAGCUGGCCGGGGAAAUGUAAUUUGAAACAAAAAAUCAAUCUAGUAUCAUCCCAAACAGAGAAAGAAGAAACCGCAACAAUCCACCUGAAGAAACGAAAUAGUCCAUGUUGGUUCAGUCAAUCCUAAUAAACUGCUGUUGACCUGACAGCAAAAUGAAAAUGAAUAAAACCACUAUGAGACCGCA